AGACUCAGCAGGCUGGAGCCCUGGUACUCGUACACCCACUGGUUCCCCAUGGCCUCGUCCCAUGUGAUGAAGGACCUGGAGCCAGUUCCCAGGAUGCAGCCCGCCAUGAUGAUGUUCUCCAGCAAGUACUGGGCCAGGAGGGGGCUGUCGCUGGACUCGGCCAUGUUCGACCACCAGCAGCAACGCCACACUGGGGGGCAGAUGUCUCGCCGUCCGUCCUUCUGUCCCAUCAACGAGAAGCCGGACAAAGAGAGCGGCGAGGAGGCGGGGCAAACGGCCGUGGUGUUCUCUCUGAAGAAUGAGGUCGGCUGUUUGGUCAAAGCCCUGAGGCUGUUCCAGGAGAAGCGAGUGAACCUGAACCACAUCGAGUCCAGGAUAUCGAAGCGGGUCUCCAAUGAGGUGGAGAUCUUCGCCGACUGCAGCUGCAGUAAGAAGGAGUUCAACGAGCUGCUGCAGCACCUCAGAGACCAUGUCAACAUCAUCUCCUUCAACACACCUGCACACGUGUGGUCCGCCGAGGCAGAUGGAGACGACGUCCCCUGGUUCCCCAUGAAGAUCUCAGAGCUGGACCAGUGUUCUCACAGAGUCCUGAUGUACGGGUCGGAGCUGGACGCCGACCAUCCUGGCUUUAAAGACAAUGUUUAUCGUCAGAGGAGGAAAUACUUUGUGGAAGUGGCCAUGAAUUAUAAAUUCGGACAGCCCAUCCCUCGUAUCGAGUACACCCCUGAGGAGGUGAGGACGUGGGGGGUGGUGUUCAGAGAGCUGACCAAGCUGUACCCCACCCAUGCCUGCAGAGAAUACCUGAAGAACCUGCCGCUGCUCACCAAGCACUGCGGCUACCGCGAGGACAACAUCCCCCAGCUGGAGGACGUGUCCCUCUUCCUCAGAGAGCGCUCUGGUUUCACAGUGCGUCCAGUAGCAGGUUACCUGUCUCCCAGAGACUUCCUGGCUGGUUUGGCCUACAGAGUGUUUAACUGCACUCAAUACGUCCGCCACAGCACCGACCCGCUCUACACACCUGAGCCGGACACGUGUCACGAGCUGCUGGGUCACGUGCCCCUGCUCGCCGACGCCAAGUUCGCUCAGUUCUCUCAGGAGAUCGGCCUGGCGUCUCUGGGAGCGUCUGAUGAGGACGUUCAGAAACUGGCCACGUGUUACUUCUUCACUAUUGAGUUCGGCCUCUGCAAACAGGACGGUCAGCUGAGAGCGUACGGAGCCGGACUACUGUCAUCUAUUGGAGAGCUGAGGCAUGCCCUGUCCGAUCAGGCCUGUGUGAAGAUGUUUGACCCGAGGACAACCUGUAACCAGGAGUGUCUCAUCACCACCUUCCAGGAGGUUUACUUUGUCUCCGAGAGCUUCGAGGAGGCCAAGGAGAAGAUGAGGUUUAUGUCAGAUCAGCUGAGGGUGAAGCUGCUGCUGUUUCCUGUUCUCUCUCAGGGAGUUUGCGAAGACGAUCAAGCGUCCGUUCUCCGUGUACUACAACCCGUACACUCAGAGCAUCGACCUGCUCAAAGACACGCGCAGCAUCGAGAACGUGGUGCAGGACCUGCGCAGUGACCUCACCACCGUCUGCGAUGCUCUGGGCAAGAUGAACACCUACAUGGGGAUCUGAGGCCGACGCCCACCUCACCGCUGAGCUCUGAUUGGCUCAGCACGUC